CUGUAUUAAAGUAUUACUGUAUUAGGUGAUAACAAUAUCAAAAUAUUUUAAUCAAAACUGUGAAAGAAAAAAGUUCAAUAGUUUGAGAUUGAAAAGUCUGGAAGUCUCUGCCCGUUCUUGUGUUUCUCCACGUUUUUUAGUGUGACAGUUCAAGUGAACAAUAAUUUCUUCACAAGCCAUUUAUCAUAUAAAUGUAGAGAUGUUUGGUCAGAAGUCAGGAUUCGGAUCUUCAGGUUUUGGCUCAGGAGGGUUUGGAACCAAUAAUUCAGGUUUUGGAAGUACAAGCACAACUGGAGGGCUAUUUGGAAAUAAAUCAACUACAUCAGGUGGCUUGUUUGGCACAAGCACGCCAGCAUUUGGGGCAAAUAAAACCGGCUUCACUUUUGGAGGAGCUAGUCAGUCUUCUACAAGUGGUGGGUUGUUUGGAACUCCAACAUCUAGCAAACCUGGAGGUUUGUUUGGAACACCGGCAGCUACAGGUGGAACAAGUGCAUUUGGUGGUAAUUCUGCUUUUGGAAGUACAAGUUCAGCUUUCGGCCAGCAAAAAACUGGAGGAUUGUUUGGUAGCACAGGUGGAACAUCCUCAUUUGGAUCCACAACUACUGGAGGGGGCCUUUUUGGAUUUUCAUCUGCUCAACAGCAAAAUGGCACAGGAGCGGUUAAGUUCAACCCUCCCACAGGAACAGAUACAAUGAUGAGAUCGGGGCAGUCGUCUACUAUCAGUACAAAACAUCAAUGUAUCACUGCAAUGAAAGAAUAUGAAGCAAAAAGUUUUGAGGAACUGCGUGUUGAUGAUUACACUGCAGGAAGGAAAGGGGGUAGUGCAAAUAAAUCUGCAUUCGGGGCAAGUUCAGGAACAGGAUUCAGUUUUGGGGGAGCAACCAAUAAUACUACAACAUCUGGUGGAUUAUUUGGUCAAAAACAAACUGGCUUUGGUUCUGGAACCACUGGCGGUCUUUUUGGCUCAUCUACAAGUUCCACAGGUGGCAGUUUGUUUGGAAAUAGUGGAUUUGGAUCAACAAACACAGCUACUACUUCUGGUGCUGCUUUUGGAGGUUUUGGUCAAAAUAUGGGCGCCAAUAGUCUCUUUGGUCAAUCUAAACCUAAUGCUGGUGGAAUGUUCGGCAAUACCAACACUGGUACAACAACUGGCGGUAUGUUUGGUAACACCAGUACAAGUGGUGGCUUCGGAUCAACCGGUGGAUUUGGUGGUACCAGCGGAUUUGGUACCAAUUCUAAUAAUCUAUUUGGAAAUAAAACCGGGGUAUUUGGCACAGCCAGUACUCAAGCUGGUUCUACUGGCUUUGGUGGUGGCGGCAGUUUAUUUGGAAGCAACAACAAAACCACUACUGGUAUGUUUGGCAAUACUACUGGUGGUUUCGGAACUGGGAAUGCAUCAGGAUCAUUGUUCGGUGGAAAUAAAACAGCUGGUUUCGGAAACACCUCUGGAUCCCUCUUUGGAAACACUGGCAAUACAUCGGGAGGUUUGUUUGGAGGGGCAAAUAAAACUGGAUUCGGAACGUCAAACCUUGGAGGUGGAUUUGGAGCCUCGAACACAGGCUUUGGAAAUGCAUCUUCAGGAUUUAACUUUGGUGGAACAGGAGGUACAAAUGCUGGAUCUGGUUUUGGAAACGCAAACAAUGCCGCAGCGAACAAUCAACUCACUCUUGGGUCAUCGGGACAGUCAUCUGCUGAGAUUCAGCAACAAUUGCAGGCUUUAUUGACAGCUCCGUUUGGUGAUUCUCCCUUGUUCAAGAAUCCUGUGCUCGACCCUGCAAGAAAGAAAGAGGUUCUCAAGCCGACGAACCCUGCGGCUCAAAAAGCUGUUGUAUCACCAUUGUAUAGAGUAUCACCAGGUCCAACAACAAAAAUUAAACCCAAAGCUUUACAAGGUGGAUUAUCAAACUCACCUGCACUAGGAAAAAAUCACGAUUUGUUCGCCGGUCUUCGGGACGAAGAAGAAUCAGUCGUCAGUAACAGAAGUUUCAUUGGAAGAAAAAGUGUGAAGAAGCUGAGCAUUAAAGUGACGGCAUCUCCGCAAUGUACUUUAACAGGAAGUACGACACCUACAGGUGAAAGGUCAUCAAGUCGGGCUUCAAGUGCAUCUGGGGAGCAGCAGCAUGAAAUUAAUGGUCGUGGGCCAGGAGAAGAAACGCCUGCUGCAGAACGAAGAUCAUCUCAAGGUAGAGAUGAGAGAGAAACAAUUCCGUACAAGUUACUCUCGGAAGAAAAUGAUCAAUCAAAUUCACGACCUACACCAUCUGGACAUGCAACUAACAACAUGGAUGACACUAUGAUGGCAUUGAAUGUUCGGGCCAGGGAAUCUGACCAACAAAAGGACGGAAGAGAUCAUUUUGGAAUGACUUUAGACAAGCCAGCUCAGUCUGCUCAUGAUCCUGGUGAGACAUUUGUGAAAAAAGUUUGGUCUCCUGACACAAAGCGAAGACUUGAAGCAAUGCAACGUGAACAGGAUUCCAUGAAUGAGGAUGAUCAACAGAUAUCAACAGAACCUUCUCCAGCUCAUAUCAAGCUCACAAGAAGUGGAUACUACACAAUACCCAGUAUGGAAGAACUUGGUAAAUGUGUCAUGGAUGGACAAUGUCUUGUUACUGAUUUUACUAUUGGAAGAAAAGGUUAUGGUUCUGUCUUCUUCCCUGGCACCAUUGAUCUAUAUGGUAUUGAUCUUGAUGAAAUUGUUCAUAUAAGAAGGAAAGAAGUGAUUGUUUAUCCUGACGAUGACGAUAAACCUGCAUUGAAUGAAGGAUUAAAUAGAAAAGCAGAAGUUACUCUCGACAUGGUGUGGCCAAGUGACAAAACAACCCGAGAGCCAAUAACUGAUCCUGAACGUAUAUCUUUGAUGGGUUGGGAACAUAGAUUGGAACAAACAACAGCAAAGAUGGGAGCUCGAUUCAUAGAGUAUCGACCAGAUACAGGAUCUUGGGUGUUUCUGGUGAAUCACUUUUCCAAGUAUGGCUUGUCAGACAGUGAUGAAGAAGGCGAUGAAAACAUUGAUCCUGCCAUGAAAUUGAAACUUCUUCAACAAAAGUUAAAACAACAACAACAACAACAGAAAGGUGACGUAACAAUGAAGACUGGUUUACAGAAGCCAAAACCAGCGGCAGUAGCAGCGUUAAUUCCUAAGCAUCGCCAACCUUCUCUCGGAGGAAUUGACUUGUCUGAAGAAGAAUUUAUGGAAUCGGAAAAGAAUGCAUUUGCUGGAGAAGGUGGAGAUAUCACUACUCCAAAAAUGAUUGCUCCUAUGUCAGAAGACAAUGAUCGUAUGAUGGGUGAAUAUGACCAGAAUGAAACCGAGCGACAAAGUCCAGGUGUUAUUGAUGUUCUACCAGCUUCACAACGAAUGGCAUAUUCAAUGGAAAUAAACACACAACGUAUACAAGUGAUGAAAGCAUCAUUUUUUGGCGAUGAUGAACUAUCUGAUGGAUCUGUUGACAAUCAACAUCAAGAAGAAGUAGUUCGUUCCCCAAGACAAGUUGGAAUAAGACAAACUAAGAAUAUUUCACCUGCCAAUGUCAUAAGUCCUGGAAGAGACAUCUCAUUGUCUGUGAUGAAAUCACAGAAGACAAUUCAUGGCAUUGGGUCAACAUUAAUGAAAAGUCAAAUGUCUCCAGUUCAUCAGAUAAGAAAAGCACCAAUGAAAGCUCCACAGACUGCAAAAGCACCCACAGUUGUUUCAAUGAAAAGAUUCCCAACUUCAGUAUCGAUUAACAGAACCAUUAUUACAGGAAAGCACAGUUGUGUGGCUGACUCUGGCCUUUACAUGGGCCGAAGGUUUCGAGUUGGUUGGGGUCCGAAUUGGUCGCUUGUACACAGUGGGAUUGUUGGAGCAAGUGGAAUUGAAGUCUAUUGUGAUGAUAGUGAAUCAAGUGCAGAUUCUUUGUCAUGGAAAGGGACUGACAGUUUUUCUAUAUUUUCGGCUGACAAUAGAAAUCAGAAUGAAAAAGGAUUUCAAGUCAAAAUAGAGAAAGUACAGUGUGCUCCUCAUCUCUACAAUAAUACUGGAGAAGCAACAGAUGUUGAUGUUCAGUUCCUCAGAAGUGCUCGACUUCAUGCAGUAAUGAUCACGCCAACUCCUGCUGAAUUUACAACUUCAAAUAUUUCACAAUUAAACGCAACAGAAAAUGAAGAAUCUUUAACGUGUCCACAACUUUGUCCAUCAGAUUCUGUUAAUACGUUGAACGUAUAUGCAGAUGUUGCUAAAGAUUCUUGGCAGAAAACUGACCGAAGUCAUCCAGAUUCUGGUACUGUAUAUAUGUCUCAUUUGGCCCUUGGACUCUGCCAAGCAUUAUGGGGAAAUAUGUAUGAUUCUGAUAUGGAAGAUGAAGCAGAAGAAAAACAGGAUUGUAAUCCUUAUGUUGACAUGACGUAUAGAAAAAAUGCUGUUACGACAUGGCUCAUCGAAGCAAUCAAAGAUGAUGAUAGGAAGAUUUAUUUACGAGACACAGAUGAUGAUGAUGGGUGCUUGAGAGAAAUAUAUUUACAAAUGACAUCUGGAGAGCUCGAUAAGGCAGUUGAAACUGCACUUAAAACUGGAAACAUGAGACUUGCUUUACUGUUAGCUCAAACAAGAGGCUCACAAGUGUCAAGAGUUGCUAUAGCUAAACAAUUAAUGACAUGGGAAGAAAUGAAAGCUGAUCAACAUAUUUCAGACACUGCAAUGAAAAUCUAUUCACUGAUUGCUGGGAAAGCGGUUUGGCACUCAAGUAGAGGACGUAUCAAUGCAUGUGAGGGUCUGGAUUGGAAAAGAUGUUUUCUCAUUCAUCUGCUUUAUAUUGCACCACCUACAUCCCCUAUACAACAUGCUGUUGAAUUGUACAAUGAAGCAUGGCAGGGUAAAAGUGAAUUGGGAAAAUAUUGUGUUGCUCCAGCACCUCCUCAUAUUGAAAGAGAAUCAGAUCUUGAAGAGUUACCAACUGAACAUUCUUCCACUCACGACAUAUGUUUCCAUCUCAUACAACUAUAUUGCAACAGAUCUCACAACCUGGACAGCAUACUCAGCUCGGGCUCUUCAGUACCAUAUGCUCUUGACUUGAGAGUGUCAUGGAGAGUGUUCUGUGCUCUGCAUGUGGCUGGGUAUCAUCUCCAACUGCAACCAACAUCUCGAACUUCACUGCAUGUCGCAUUUGCUAGUCAGUUAGCAGCUCUAGACCUAUGGCAGUAUGCUGCAAUGGUUUUGAUGCAUAUUGAAAAUAGCAGAGAAAGAGAAAUUCAUGUUAAAAAUCUCCUGUCUUAUCAUUUGAUGUCAUCAACUGAUGAUGAGGAAAAGGAGGAUUUUCUCAGAAGCAGUUUGGCGAUUCCCAAUUCCUGGUUGAGUGAAGCUAAGGCUUUGCGUUCUCGUUUCUCAGAAGAUAAAUACAGAGAAGCAGAAGAGUUGGUCAAUGCACAACGAUGGAGAUGUGGACACGAUGUUAUAAUGCGACAUAUAGCUGCAGAUGCCCUCAUUGAUGACUAUCUACCAUAUUUACGUUCCUUGCUGGAACAAAUCCAAGAGGGCGACCAAGCGUCGCUUAUUCCAAACUGGGAAUUCGCAGGCAAAGUUUAUCUCGAUUACAUCAUAAUCAAUAAUAAAAUACAACAAUUACAGGAGUCUGAUAUGCCGAUGAUGGAAAAUGGUUUAGAGGAAUUACAGCAAGCAAUAACUUCGUUAUGUCAUAGAGUAGCAAGAAUAGAGACCAGAAAUGCAAGGGAUAGACUGGCUAAAGCAGAAAUGGGAAAACAAAUCCUAAAUCUUUAUCAAAUUGUUCAAUCUCUUCAACACCAGAGUGAUGACAUGUUGUCAUCGAUGCAGUACAGCGGAACUUCUUCUCUCCUUGAAGGUCACAUUGAACAGUUGCGAUUACCUGAAGAUUAUGCAAUAGAAGAGUUGAAAAUAAUGGUGCGAAAUCACCUGACUACGCAUACAUCGGGUGACGAUAUAACCAAACCGAAAUAUGUUGGUUGAAACAUGUAAAGCAUAAAAUUUAAUCAAGCAUCGUGCUAAGGCGCAUAUGUCAGGUCUUAAUGCUGUUUCAAUAGGAUAGUUGUUUGUAGCUUGUAGCAUCCUAAAAUUCAGUUUAUUUGGUAUUGCAGUCAUUACUACAAAAUGAAAAAUGCGGAAUUUUUAAAAAUCAUUUUGUUCAUAUAUUUCUUCUGCUCCUUCCAUUAUCUGUAUUUACAUACUGAAUAGUGUUGCAAUAAACUGCAAAUUCAACAACAGAAAUAUAAAAACUUCAAAGAGUAAGGCGUCGUAGCUAAUGAAUUCAUAAGAAAAAUAUCUUCUCAACAGUAUGUGAAACAGUCCAAAUUAAAAGAAUAUUUGAAAUUCUCAUUAUAUGUAAUUUGACAUGCAUUUUUACGACAUCUUGAUUAUGAAUGCGUCUUCCUCUUUGCUAUAUGUUACAAGAAUCAAUCUCCUGAAGACUAAAUAAUUCAGUUUUCUUUAUAAUUGCACCCAAGUCACUGCCACUUACUCUGUUUUUGAUUCUGAAUUAUUGUUACCUUAAUAUUUUGAGAUGUCGUACAUCAAGGUAGGAUCACAAAUCAAACUGCAUCACAAAGUUCUACUGUUGAAGUUCAUCUUAACCAUACUGACAAAAUGUUUAAAUUGUGAUUUGAGCAAAUGCAUGUUAGAUUUUCUGGCAGACAUUCCAAUAUUUUUUUCCACAGCUUUGUAUUAUAUUAAAUUUAUUCAAUUAUGACAAGCCCUUCA